AUGCCUGCGUCGCUGGUCGUCGUCCGCGAGUACCUCUCCCCUCCGCUUUGCCUCGGCGGGCCCGGCGUGCACAUCCUCUCCGCGUGCCUGGGCGCCUUCGGGCAGCCGGAGCUCACCGUCGACUGCACGGAGCAGCUGCAGGAGGCGCUGAGGCAGCACGGGCACGUUUGGCUCAGCGCAUCGGCCUGCUGGCUGCCUGGGGUGCAGGACCCGGCGCCCGGCUGGCUGAAGCGCCUCUCGGUGGUCUACGAGGGCGUCAACGAGGGGUGCGCCGCAAGUGCGACGGUGGCUUUCGGCUGCAGCCUGCUGUGCAAGGUCGCGGUGGCGGCCGGGGUGCUCGCGCUCGUCGGCGACAAGGCGGCCGCGGUGGCCGCACUGGCGUCGCCCGCCGUGCAGGUCGCAGCCUUGGGCGGGGAGCUGGCCGUGACCGGGGUGGCGGCGGCCCUGGCGUGGAUGUCGGCCGAGGGGAACCCCGCGUCGCCAUUCUGCGAGAAGGAGUGUGCCGUGUGCAUGCAGAGCCUCCACUGCGACGAUGUCGCUACGAUCACCACGUGCCAGCACACCUUCCACUGGCGGUGUUUGGAGAAGUGGGGGCAGGUUUCGAACUCGUGUCCUACGUGCCGCAGUGACCUGCCACGGCAAGGCCAGCACCACGAUGGCGAAUUUGUGCACGCGUGCCGCGGACUUCCGCGGCACGCCGAGUGA